AUGAUUAUUAAAGUUCCUCAUGGAAAUGGAGAAUGUUUUGACUUUGAUACGGAUAAUCUGCCACUGGGCGCGCGUUUUGACCGACUCCUUGAGACUUUGAGGAGCAGUGAUGUUCAGUUGAUGGUACAUUAUGCAAUUGCUCAUGGAUACAAAAAGCACCCAAAGCUUGCAAUGAAGAUUAUUGAGCAAGUAAUAGAGAAGGGAAUGGAUACAGGACGUACAAGCUUACUGAUGCUGCUUGCAUGUAAACUACAGGCUGGGGCUGAUGGGAUUGAUGUAGUGCAGAGGAUUGGGGGACUUGAAUCGACAACCUUUGAUAUUUUGAAAGGAUUUGCAUCACUGAAACGAAAGAGCUACGAUGCAGCGCUUUUUCUGUUCAGAAAAGCAGGAUUCCAGCUAGGAGUGGAAAUAUGUAAUUACUAUACAGGCAACUAUCUGGAGGCAAAGAAGUCGAUGAAUAAAGUAAUAAGGGGGUAUUGCAUUGUGAAGGAAGCAAGGGAUGUGAAAGAGAUAUGCAAGGCAACUGUACUACUUGAGUCUGAGGGGAUAAGAAAUGCUUUGUACAGGCUUAAUGCAUCUGAUGAAUAUGAUGAUGAGACAAAUACGGAUGUGAUGAUUAGACAGGCAGAAGAGCUUGUAGAAAAAGGUGAUUUUGUAAAAGCCAAGGAUUUAAUUGAUAGAAUUCCUAGGAAUGCAGAAAGUCUUUAUCUCCGAGGGAAGAUUGAGCAUAUUUCUGGAUCUACUGAAAAUGCAAAAAGGUGGUAUAUGGAAAGCCUUGAGUGUGAUAAGUUGUUUAUUAAGAGCGAGUAUAAUCUGCAAAGGAUUCUGCAGCAGAAGAUGAGGGAUGUGAGCUAUCCAUCCAAGGAGUUCAGUGAUUUCAAGGUGUAUAUGCAGAUUAAAAAUGGAGUGAAUGAUGUGAACCUGAAUGGAUGUAGCGAUGAGUUCCGUGAUGUGAUUUCGGCUGUGCUAGGGGGGAGAAGAAAGACGGAUGUAGGACUUAGAAGAUAUAUGAAGCUUAUUGGGAAUUGUUGGAUUGAAAAUUUUGUUGUAAUGAAUAACAUUGGAUACUUUAUGUGCAGAGGCAUUAGGCCUUUUGAUAGGCAUAAGGAGAAUGAGGAGGAUGGAAGCGAUAAGUUUUUAGUGGGAUCAAUUGGAGAGAAUUGCAGCACUGAGCAAGAAGGGCUUGUAAGUGAAGGUGUGAAGUAUUUAGAGAUGGCAUUGGACGUGUGUCCUGAUCAGUAUAGAGAGGCGAUAAAGUAUAAUAUUGGAUAUGCAACAGAAGAUAAGCAAAUGCUUAGGGAAUGCACGAUCAAAGAAGCCGAACUUGUUCUUUCAGUUGCAGGCGAUGGGAUAGAGCAUGCUUCUGAAGAGCUUGAGCUGAUGGGAUAUCAUCACAUGCAGAGAAAGGAAUUUAAGCUAGCGAAGAAAAUUCUACAAAGAAUGGAUACUGUUUAUAGCAGCAUUGCUUUAGGGAACAUGUGUAUAAGAAGUUUUAUCAAAGAUAAUAAUGAGUCGGCAUUAGAGAAUGCAAUGGAUGCGUUUUCUAAAGGAUUGAGAUCCUAUUACUGUGGAAAUGGAGUGGGGAUAUGUCUUGCACUGAGUGGAAGAUACGAGGAAGCAGCACAGAUAUUUCGAGAGGUAGUAGUUGAUUGGAAAGGGGGAUAUGUGAAUUUAGGGAAUAUCAUGGUGUGUAUGAAAAGAUAUAAAGAGGCAAUGGAGGCGUUUUUGAAUGUAUCAUCGAUGAGAUACUCACGAAGGAUGUUGGGGAUGUUGUGUAGAGUAGUGGAUACGAUUGAGAGUUAUAUGGCAUGCAUGAAUGAGGGGCUGAGUGAUAUUAAGGGAAGGUUGUUUGAACUUUUAGUGCUUGAAGAGAGAUUAGAAGAAGCAGAGCAAUUGGAUGUAGAUGAUGCGGAGCUGCUUAAUAUGUACAAUCGGAAGAAAGAGGAGGUGAAGGAAAGAGGAAUGGACUUGAAGAGAAAGAGGAACGAGAUUAACGAGUAUAGAAAAAGGCGGAAUGCAAGUUAUAAUAAAGAAUGA